CUCUGGGAUAGCCCUAUUAGUUCUGUCUAGCUCAUGUGAGCCUUAACCUCAGCUAUUCAAUAUGCCUGCCCCAGCAUAUCCCCUUCCCACCUCUCCAUCCCCAGUCCAGCUCUACCGUCAUCUACUUCGAGAAUGCUCUUACCUCCCUCCAGCAUUCCGAGCUGAGAUUGCGUCUACGAUUCAAGAUCGCUUCCACCGUCAUCGCAAAUAUGACACGCGUGCAAAAGCUCAUCUUGCCCGAGCCCACACGGCUCUGCGAACGCUACGAGCUGCCAACAGCGGCGAAAAGGCAGCAAUGGAGAGCUUGAUAUCCAAAGGCUUUGGGAGAUCAGGAAGCAGGCGACGAGAGUUAAUGGCACAGUUUGUGAUUCCACAAGGCCCAAAGGAUUCAAGUGCUCUCAAAGAAGCUCUUGAUUUAGCAGGUAGAAGCAACGAGGCUUCAAAGGGUCCCUCUUCAGCGACACAUGCCACGGCAGACGGCGCUGCGAAAGUCAAAAAGGCCUUUUUCGAGAAAUGGGACCAAGAAAAGCUUAUGCGAAUUCUACAUUCACAGCGACAGCAGCAAAGAGACACAAAGGGGACCGCCAGCUGGCCUGGGACUCCGGUCAAGACGCUUGACCCAGACCAAUUCAUUCCUAAAGAGACCAUAUGGGGAAAACCGCCCGGAGAAAGCCUGAAGCAGACAAAGAGAGCUAAUUGGUGGCGACGAAACGCCGAAAAGAUUAUGCCUCCUUUGGGCAAGGGUGAAUGGGAGAUGCUCAAGCAGCUAAGCAAUGGAGGUCAGGAGAGAGGCGAGUGGAAGAUACCGGAAAGGCGCCCACUUGCAAACUCUUUGGCAGCGACAGAAGAGAGGGCGGCACAGACACAAUGGAACUGGAAAGACUAUGCUACAAAGCCGGCAGCUAUUGUUGAAAAGCCAAAGGCCCUAAAGCAACAACGGCGAACUGGCCAAAAAGAUAGCGGCCCAUAUAGCGUCAAGGAUCGCGACCGCAACCUGUCAACAAGAUGGUUUCAAAGAGCCUACACCCGAGCAUGGCAACUUACACCAACAAUGGCACAGGAUCCCAACACUCUCAAAUACUCAUUUACGUGGGGUAGCAUCCAGUCACGGCUCCCCCCUGCGGCCAAGCAUCAGCGCGAGAUAUUCGAAGGCGUGGAUGAGAACGGUCGUAAACAGCACAAGACACCAUCAUCAUGA